AUGGAGGCGGAGACGUUGGAAUCCUCGGCGGAGUCGGCGCGCGCGGCUUUGGCUUUGGAGAUGGACGCGCUGGACACUCGAGCGCGCGAGCGCGAGCGCGAGCUCUCAGAAGAUGCGACGGAGACGAGCGGUCAAAUGCGAAGACUCCGCGCGAGGCUCGAGCGCGUCGGAGAGAUCGAGCGCGACAUCGCGGCGCGAUCGCGCGAGCACGCGUCGGCGCUCGAGCGAAGGGUUCGAGCACUCGAAGAAAUCGUGCGCGCGCGCGACGCGGCGCUGCGUGAGAGCGAACAAGGGAGGUUUGAACUUUUGGAGAAGACGAAGCGUCUCCAGGCGGAGGCGGAGACGCGCGAGACACUUAGAGGAGACGUCGACGCGCUGACGGAAAAAGCGAACGCGCUCGACCGAGCGCGCGCGGACGUUGGCGCGUUGCUCACCAAGCUCGAUGAGCACAAGCGCUCCGCGGCGGAGCUCGAGCGCCAAGUCGACCUUUAUCGCGAAACCGCGCGCGUCGCCGAGUCCCGCCAACUCGCAGCCGAGCUCGCCGUCGCGAAGAGCGACGCCCUCGUCCGACGAUAUCUCACCACUCCCGCGGGUGAGGAUCGUCUCGCCCUCGAGCGUCGCGUCGGCGCGCUCCAAUCUAAACUUCGGGACCUCGAUUCCAAGGAACAACGCGUCGCAUCCGCGUUACGUCGUCGCGAUUAA